UGGAAAUCGUGUCGUCAGUCAAUCGGUGUCCGACCAUCGGAGUAGAUUAAGUUGUUCACGCACUUUGCGAAAAAGAUCACACGAAAAAUCCAACAAACGAACUUUUAGUGAUAAGAAAAAUUUUGUUUUUUAUUAGGACUUAAAUCGAACAAUUGCUAAACGACUCCUUGUGGCUUUUUAUGUGAUUUGUUAUCUAAUAAAUAUAUUUUGUGCACAAUUGAACUUUUUUUUUGCAUUGAUUUUUGCGCAAAUUGAAGAACUAUUUAUAACGAUUUCUUGCUGCUAUUGCUCGCAAAAACACAUUUCGAACGAGCUUUUUUUUUUAAAAAUUUUCUUACCCAAAAGUUAUCUUACUGUGGGUGGUGAACAUUUUUCACAUAAACAUCGAUUUUACAUCCAACGUUUGUGCUGAAAGGAUUAAGUCAUAAAUGUCGUAGCACAAUUGUAACAGCUUAAAAUAUAUGACGAGAGAAAGUGCUGAAAGUGCGACAAUACAGCUGCUCGUCUGAAGGAUAAAAUCUGUAAUCUGCGUUGGAUAAAUUGAUUAUUGCGCGGGAAAUCAGCAAAUUGAGCACUCGGAGUGUGAUUGAUUCAAUUCAGCCCAAAGGAGACAGAGAAGUGACUCAACAUCUCUGUCAUUGUACUCUGGUUGGACACGAAGAGCUCGUGGAGAUUUUCUGGGAGAGGGAAUAAAAAACGAAGUGCUGAAAAAAAUGGCAGAAAUCAAGCAGAAAAUCUCCAGCAACAAAUUCAAUGAAUCCGCCAGUGUUGAUAUUUCUGGUUCAGCAGUGGCAGCAAACGAACGACUAAAGUGCUCAGAUGAACAGUGUAAAAAAGUUAGUGAAGAGUGCCAAGUGCAUAAGGUUUUAGUGGAUAAGAAGCCACCAGUUCCAAUUAAGCGCAAAAAGAAUGUCCCAGUGACUGAGAAAAGUUCUGUGGAAGUUGAUGCUGAGAGUCUAAGCGCCAGGAACACAGUCACAAUGAAUAAGAGACUCAAAGUAGAUGAUAAGGUGGUGACAUCAAAACCACCACUGCCUCCAAAGCCAGAUAAACUGACCUCAGCAAAAAUUGCACCAAAGACAGACAAGGUGAAGAGGAAGGCUGAAGAAAAUAGAGCAACUCUUGUAGCUAAACUCAAUGCUUAUGCUGAACAGUUGCGUCUCGAAGUGGCUGAUCUCAAAGCCUCCCUCAUCACCGAAAGAUCCGCCGUCAGAGCUUUAAGAGCACAAAUUGAGGCAAACACUAGAAGAGCCAAAGUCGAAACGAAGAAGCAUCAAGAAGCUUUGCUGAAGAAAGUAUCAGUACCUCAAGCAUCAACUUCUUCGAAGAAAAUUAACGGCCAAAAGAAGGAUGAACCCGUAGGAACAGCUUCAAUUGGAAUUGAGUGCUCACUCCUGCUGGACACGGGAAAACUCAAUCAGGAAAUUUCCAUUUUGCGGGAUACGAAUAAGUGUCUGGAAGAAAAAGUUCAGAUCACUUCUGAGGCCGAGAAACGGAAAUCUGCCGAUAUGAGAGAACUUAAGGAUUCUUACGAGCUUCGAUUGACUCAAAUAACGAAAUCUGCUAAAACUGAAAUUCAUCGUUUGUUGGAAGAAAUAAAAUCCAAAGACCGAAUGGUACGUCAACUGAAGAAGGAGCUAAUGAGGAAAGACGUUAAAAGACUGGAGUCAAAUGUGAAAAAUUCGAAAAAUCACCAAGAUAUGCGAAAACUGAAGGAACCUGAGCGAAGCAGCGGUAGCAGUACGAAUUCAAGUAAAAUGACGACGUGUGGUGGAAAUGAAUUCGUUUCAAUGCCACACGAAAUGCCAACACGAAUUUUGGAAGCUCACAAUGAACUUCAUAUGUAUAGGAAUAAGGACCCCGCGGGAUCAGACAAUGAUUCAGCACUCUCUUCGGCGCCACCGUCUCUAAGUCCACAGCCCAACUCACCUCCGGAUGUGUGGCAAACGUACAAUACAAAAGAAGUCGUGUGCCAUGGCAGUUUGCAGAAAGAAAUUAACUUCCUGCAGCGAGAGAAUGAUGCCCUGAAUGUACAACUGUGUGCAGCACGUGAAAAGAUUCGGGAGCUGGAAAAAGCGCUAUUGGUGACACAAAACGGCGAUCGUACACAGCAUUUGAUUGAGAAGAUAAGACUUCUGGAGCAGAAGGAGUCAGAACUGAGCAAAGAGGCAUAUGAGCUGAAAGAGCAAAAUGAACUGCUGGAGUUUAGGAUUGUUGAAUUGGAGGAAAGUCACGACAAGUGGUCACUCAGAAGCAAUUCAACUCCAGACACUCGGGAUGUGUGGACAGAUACGGAGAAAGAGCACGACGAUCUUCUCAUGAUGUCUGAACGAUCGGAUUCAGGAGUCACCUCACCGCAUAGUCAUCAUCAACUUGACGAUCGAACUAGUUUACCAUCACCAUGUGAUUUAUCUAUGAUCGACAGCAUUCCCAAUGAUGAUGUCAGAAAGAGGAUUAUUGCAAUGACAAAGAGGCCCUGCUAUGAUGAUGAUGACAAACUCUGCCUUCUGCAAAUACUCUCCCUGCUCAAUAAUCUCGAAGCCCUGUCGCAGGAUCAGGAAAUCACUGGAGAAUUUCUGAGCCUGGAAAUCAAUCAAUCCCGGCGAAGUGGAUCAACGGAAAAUUACAGUGUUUUGGCCGAGGAGACACCAAAUCGGCUGAAAAAUCAGGCGCGCAUUGUUGCAACAGUACAACCCUAUAGUAGUGGCUUGGACUGUGAAGAACCUAUUAAGCCUCGUUAUACUGCUCUACCAAACACUCAAGAGACCUGCCUCAAGCGAAAACAUCUCUCAACCAGUAAUCUCCAGGAGAGUGGUGUCUUUGACACAGAUUCCGCAGAUUGCACCAACCAAGCUACUCAGACCUGUCCUGAAGAUUUCCCUGUCUUUGAACCCCGAAGUGGUGAUCUUACAGCUGAAAUUCAGAAACUUAAUAAAUUCAGGGAACGCAUUGAGGAGGUUGUUACUGCAAAGAAAUCUAGUGUUGUCAACCUUCUCUCGCCAGAACAAAGUCGAUUGCAGUACUACAAAGAUCGAUUGGAAUUGCUGGAAAACAAGAUCCUCGUGUACGAGAGCAGUGGAGAUCUUCAAGUGAGGCGUUUGGCUGAGAGGCUACAGCGAGAGAUUCAUUUGGAAUCUCUGGUAAAACAGCUCUCUGGGAAGCUUGAGGAGCUCGAGAAGGAGAAUAGAACUCUUGACGAGGAACGGUGUGAAUUUGAGGAGGCAGAAAACGACACACGGCUCCGGCUUCAGAGGCUCGAGGUUGAAUUUGAAAUCCUCAAUCAGCGCAAUAUUGAGCUAGAAAUGUCCCGAGAGGCACUUCAGUCGAAGCUGAAGGACACAAAGAGGCAAGUUGUGUCCAUGGAGGACCAAAUUGAAGAGUAUCAGAUGAAGAUUGAAGAAGUGGAGAACAGUAAAAAUGAUCUCAGUUGUACCAUGGAGAAAAUCAAAAAUGCCAUGCCCGUCCUGAUGCUCUACCAUGAAUUCCAACUGAGGCAGGGCCUGUCCAGUGGAGAAAUACUCACCCCAAAGAUAACCAAUGAUGGCAUUUCAAUGAGCAGUGGAUCCAGUGAGAAUUCCACUGAGAAAGAGCUGAGACAGAAAGUUUCUGAGCUGACAAAUCGAGUGAAGGAACUCGAGAAGGGGAUUGAUGAGCUAAAAUUAGCCUACAAUGAGACUUUAGAAAAUGCCGAUAAUCUCUGGGCACAGAUGGAGAAGGAUUACAAGGAUCGGCUGCAGCAAAUGGAACUCACUGAGCAGAAUAUGAAGGUGAAAAUUGGGCAACUGGAGGAACGUAUUAUUAAGGAUUCACAGUAUGCUCAGGAGAGGAUAGGUCAGAUGGAAGAUAGUGAAUAUACUUUGAAAAGCCAAAUUUGCAAACUCAAUCGAGAGAACAAGGAGCUCCUGAAGAAGUAUACGAGUCUUGUUGAUGAGUACAAUACCCUCAAGGAGGACUGUCAGAAUCUCAAGAGCUAUCUCGAGGGUCCUGCAGCAGCAGUUCUUGAGAAGGAAAGAAGCAAAGUUAAGAUUCUCGAAGAUGAUCUCAAUCACUCCCAGGAAAUUUUGAAAUCUCUCGAAGCGAUGCAUAAGAAUGAUUCCUCGAGCUUGAAGGCACAGGUGACGAAGGCCAAUAAAGAAUUGGAACAUGUUAAGGUGACCAACCAUGAAUUGUACGAAGAAGUGUCGACCCUGGAGACGAGACUCAGGGAAAUGAGGAAAGUCAAAGCUGCGGACGAUGAGACAAUUAAGAGUCUAUCGCAGGAAUUGCGAGCCAAACAGAUUCAACUGAAUAAUUUGCAGCAGAUGAUCAAACAUGGUAGUCCACCCACCUUGGCCCAGGAAUUGGGUACCAGCAAGAGGAUAUGCCUGGGUGAUCCAAAACCUCUGAAGAAAGCAACUUUUGAGUUGCAGAACUCCAUUAAGAAUUUCGAGGGCUGCAAGAAUUGUAUGAGUGCCAAUCCUCAAGUUGUUGAUAUGUGCAAAGGUGUUAAGCGUUUAGCUGACUCUCUGCUGGAUGAUGCUGAACGAGGAAAAUCCCCGUCAAAGACUGAAGAGUGAUCUUCUCUUCAGCAGUUUUACGGUCGAUUCGUGACAACUGUGUAGAAAAUGAGGAAAAAUUCCAUAAAAUCCAAGAAGAAAAUCAAGAAUCAAAAUGCAGCGGGGGGAAAGAGAAGGAAAUUAAAGACAAGCUCAAGAAUCUUCACGAAGCGGCUCAUUCUCUCACGAUGGCAAUGGCUGAGUUUGAGGAUAAUUUAGUGCGAACGAAUACGAAAAUGAAGAUUCAACUUGUCAACAAUGGAGAUCCAAGAUUGUCGUCAGAUCCCAGUGGCAUCAAUUCAAAUAUCCAUCCAACUAUUGAGUCCAUAUUCCUUGUUCUCCGGAAACUCCUUCCACCUCCUUCUUUUGCAGAGGCCCUCAAUCUAUACCGGGAAGUGCAGUCAUCUCCCAACUGGCGACAAAUUGAAGCUUCCCUCCCAAAUUUUUGGAUUUCCGUUGAUGGUGUCCUAGUUAAAAGAGUUAAUUCUCCAACUCAAAAAGUGGCGCUUCUCCCAGAUGUUGAUCCGACAGAUGAACAUCUAGUGACUGUAAACGCUGUACCCCUCAUACCAGGUGAUUCUCGAUGGAUUCCCGCCAAAUUUACCUACCGUGGUACGUCACAAUCGUCCCGAUAAGAGUGAAUAAUAAUUGUUGAAGAUUGCAUCAAAGACUUUUGCAUUGAAAUGAGAUUUUGCAAAGGAGCAAGAUAAUGUUAGAAGAAGAAACUCAAAGGUUUCUGCUGUGCCUUUUUCUAGUCCAAAAAAACAAAAUAAAAUUAUUCAGUAAAUAUAUCGACUAUUGUAAUACAAAGAAAAUACACAAAAAUGAAGUUUAAUGAAAAAAAAAUCACAAAACAUAUAAAUACAAAAAGUUUUGCAAUUACUUGUUACAUUGAUAGGAUUUUUUUUUUGUCUCUAUAGCGAUAUACUUAGUAAUGCAAUCACUUUUAUUCGUCUAAGAUUCAUUGCGUAGUUUUUUAUAUCCCCAAGUACAAUUUUAAUUGAUAAUUAUAUACAAUUUACAAGUAGAUGAACACACGUUAUGUUUUAAGAGAUUUUUUUGUCGCCUGUAGAUAAACAGAACACCGAAUACUGGCAUGUUUUUUUUAUAAUUAUAUUAUUUUGAACAAAUAUAAUCAAGUUGUGAGCUUCCAAUGUUGCAA